AUGGCAUUCGUGAGCUCAGGUGGGCUUCUGAUCGGCGGUACACACAGAAAAAAAUCGGUUGAGUCGACUUAUACGGUAAUUAUCGUCACGAUUAUGGCGUUUAAGCCCCUGAAUAAGCUGUUCCGGCCGUGGCUUUCGGCCUGCGAUCAGUCCAUUGGAAACUAUUCUGUCAACUCUUUCUAUAAAUGCCUGGACGUGACCGCAAACGACUACCGGUGCAACUCCUCCAUGCCUUACAUGAAUUAUUGUCACUCAAUGUUGGCCUCCAAACAGUGUUUUGACUGUCUGUCCGAUUGCGUGAAUCUUAACACAAAUCACACAAAUGUUAAUAUAUUUGCCAAACAAAGAAGUCGUGUGUUGUCACCAAUCCGUCAAACCAUCGCUGAGUGCUCUUCCGUCCCAAACAGUGUCACAACUGGUGUGACAGCAGACAGAAGUGGCUCUCAAAUGAGUGGUUAUGAUAAGAAUUGCAUUAAUUUUCAUAAUAAUGAUAAUAAUGUGAACAAAAUGUGGUUAUCGCGGAUCAAACGGCAAAGACCUAAACGCUUUCACUGUCCGCACUGUCACAUAGCGUUCAGCAAUAAUGGUCAGCUCAAGGGUCACAUCCGUACCCAUACAGGGGAGCGUCCCUUCGUGUGCGACCAGAGAGAGUGCGGCAAAUCUUUCACCCGUAACGAAGAGCUCACUCGUCACCGGCGUAUUCACACCGGUGUCCGACCCUAUUGUUGCAAUGUAUGCACCAAACGGUUUGGCCGUAAGGAUCAUCUCAAGAAACACCAGCGAACCCACGAGAAACGCUUCUAUAGCCUGCCAUCAAAUGGUCUGUCUGUCGACCCGACGGCUCCCCUCCAGCCCUCAUCCCUUCCCCGCUCCUCAUCUCAAAUUGUGUUGAAGAGGAGACGCGUGUUUUACCGGCCGUCGACAGCGCGCGUCCGACGGGUGCCGCCGGCGGCCAACCGGACAGCCGAGGGAGCCGUCAAACUGGUGGGCGGACAGGGGGUCUGGGAGGGCAAUGUGGAGAUCUACCAUAUGGGUCGGUGGGGCUCCGUAUGCGACGAUGAGUGGGACUUAGUGGACGCCCAUGUGGUCUGUCGGUCGUUGGGCUACACCGCCGGCGCUCUGAUGGCCACUAAUAACGCACAGUUUGGCCGCACAAGAAAGCUUAUUUGGAUGGAUAACGUGUAUUGCAAUGGAGAUGAGCGAGCGUUGGCUGACUGUCGGUUUGACGGCUGGAAAAUACACGACUGCACUACUAAUGAAGCGGCGGGUGUCGUAUGUAAGACAAGAAACGGCACCACCGCUAGCGAUACCACCGGUCCUGUCAGUCAUCGUGGCAUCGCUGCCAGCCCUGGCCUCACAGAUCGCACCAACGCUACCAACACUACUGCCAACACCAACAGCACCGGUAGUCGUAGUGGUAGGAGAAGUACUGGUAGUACUGGCGCUGGUGUUGGGGCCCAACUAAUCAAUGACGCGCCCCACACGACAGGCCCACCGCUCGCCACCACUUUCAGCACUAAAAUACGAAAACAGUGGAGUGAAGACAUAAAUAUCCGUUUGAUUGGCGGUCGCAACAAAUGGGAGGGCAGAGUGGAGGUGAGAGUCGAUGGCGAGUGGCAUCAGGUAUGCGGUGAUGGAUGGAGUCUAUUGGAGGCGAUGGUUGUCUGUCGGCAAUUAGGUCUGGGCUAUGCGGCACACGCUGUGCAGACCUCUGUGUUUGGCGGCAAUAACUUAUCGCUGGCGCUGACGGGCGUCCGCUGUAAGGGCUUUGAGGCCACUCUCGGCAACUGUGAGGCCAACGCCUUGGGCUCUGUCCACAGCUGUCCCACCGGUCAUCAGAAUAUCGCCGGCGCUAUCUGUACAUCAGGUACAUUUUGGUGGUCCACCGAACUGCCAGAUCUGGUGCCCGACGAGAAAGAGAUCGAGUCGUCGGCCUAUUUGGAGGACCGGAUGCUUAUGCUAUUGCAGUGCGCGAUGGAGGAGAACUGUUUGGCCAGCAGUGCCUACAAUAUCAGUCGACAACAAUAUGCAAUUUGUUGGCCAAAACAAUAUGGUCUAAUAAUACUGUAUAUGAAUUACUCGACUCGGAAAGGGUGGCAGUUUGAACAGCGAAGGCUAUUGAGAUUUACGGCCCGGAUUGCCAACAUCGGUACGGCCGACUUCAGGCCAUUCCUGCCCAAACACAUCUGGGACUGGCACGCCUGCCAUCGCCACUAUCACAGUAUGGAAGUGUUCGCACACUUCGACAUAUUGGACAGUCGGGGCAAACGUGUGGCCGAAGGACAUAAGGCCAGCUUCUGUCUGGAGGACAACAACUGCAAAGACAACAGCACCAGAAAGUAUGCCUGCGCUAACUAUGGCGAUCAGGGUAUUAGUGUGGGCUGU